CUCAUCUCUCUCAUCUCUCUCUCUCAGCCAUGUCUAAUGAACCUGAGUCUACCCUAAAGUCCAUCACAGAACCUGCUGAUGAUCAAAAGGGCGAUGAUGAAUCAUCAAAGUCGAACAAGAACCAGCAGCUGGUGGCAGAAGACGACGACGAUUCAUGUAAAACUCCAACCUCGGAUGAUCACAAGAUCCAACCACCAUACUCUUCCCAAUUGCCGCCACCACCGCCACGUAAAUUCUUACAGAAGAGAAGAAGGAGAUCAUCUGAUGAUGAUGGAACAACAACAGAAUUCUUUGAAAACACGAGGCGCCAAGAGGUAGAUGCGUUUUUCCGAUGGUUUAACGUUAGGGUUUCUUCGUCUUCCUGCAAGAAAAGCCGCCGUAGUCAAAGUAUAUGAUUUAUAUAUAUCUUUUCAAACUGUUACAUUUAUACAUGAAUAUAA